CGACUUUGUGUUUCGCGCGUUUUUCUGUCAAAAACAUUUAUUUUGCAGUUUAGAGAGCUUGAGCAUAAUAUAUUGUUGAUUUGGUUAAAGUUUUGUUUUUGUCAAUAAAAUUUGUGUGUUGCGAUUCGCUAGGACAGUUCUAAAAACGUAUAUCAAAAUUUGCAAUUAAGAUUUGCGAAUGAUGCGCAAUUCUACAGGUGGAACAUCAACUUCGGCCAAAAAGAGUCACAACACUACAUCAAAAAAUGAUGAUGAAAAGAACAGUGCAAAGAAAUUGGUGCAAGCACGAUUACCUUUCAAAGUUAUUGCACCCGGUUCAUCACCGACCAUUGCUGCCGAAGCUGCUACUACGCCUAAUGAACGGGAUGCCUUGAAAGAGGGCAAAAAGGAUGCGCGUAAACGCAAACUUUCAUAUGAAUCGGAGGAAAAUGACACGGAAAUUGUUCAGGAAGUUGAUAAUGUGAGCAAAGAAAACGUUGAAAUUAAAGGCGGCGCCACUGCCAAGAAGAAGAAAAUUACUUCAACAAACAAUGAAGAUGAAGUUGAAUGCAUUUCGCUUUUAGAUGACGAACAGGAAGAUUUAAAGAAUAGUUCUCGUGUAGACACAUCGUCCUCUAAGGCUGGAUCCACACUAAAAACGCCUAAAACAGGAACCAAGGGAAAGUCAAAAGGUGCUGGAACACCGCAACCAACCGUCACACCCGGGAGUGAACACAAGGGCAAGGGUGGUGGUAAUAAUACAAAAUUGCAAAUCAAAUUGCCACUAAGUGCAGGCAAACGGAAUAAACGUCGAAAAUCAAAAGCCAAUAAUUCUUUGGCUAACACAUCGGCGCUAGAUUCGUCUUUGCAAAAUAAUUCGUGUGCUGAUUCCUGCGAUGAUAUCGAGGAAAUAUCUGGGGAACUGAAUCCACAGAAACGGACUAAACUAGAUUACGAUGAAGGAACACAAAAGCAAACAAAUGAUACAGCUGCGAAAGACAAAGAAUCUAUACCUUUAGAAACCGAUUCUUCUUCCGAUGAAUGUAAUAAAUCCGAAAAGGCGACAGAAUCUCGUAAAACAUCAACGGAAGUUGAGGCACAAAAUGAACAUAAGAAGUCCGAAAAAAACAUAUCCAAGAGCAUUAAAGGAGUUUUAAACCCAUCUUCUGAAAAUAAGAAAAUUUUAAGUAAAAAAGAUAACCUAGAAGAAAGUAUUGUAAUAGACAGCGAUGAUAAUAGAACUAUUGAUGAUGAUGAAGAAAAUGAGGAUGAUGAUGAUGACGAUGAUGAAGAUGCUGAUGAUGAAAGAGAUAAUAAUGUGACCGCAAAGAUAUCAGCAAAUACCUCAUCAGACAAUAAUGAGGUAUCAAACGUGUCCAAACACAAUACCACAAUCGAAUCCAUAAGAGAUGAGGAUGGGUUAAAAAACAAAAAUUUAACACCAAAACAAAAAAAGCUUUUGGAACAGCGACAGAAGGCCCGAGAGGAAAAGGAACGCAAACUACAGGAAGAAAAGCGCAAAAAACAACAAGAAAAAGAAGAAAAAGAGUUGGCAAAGAAACGCGAGCGCGAAGAAAAAGAAGAACAAAAACGCAAAGAACGAGAAGAAAAAGAGGAGCAGAAACGCAAAGAACGUGAAGAAAAAGAACGUAAACGUCUAGCGGAGAUAGAAGCAAAGAACGAAGAGAAAAGGAAACGCAAUGAAGCUAAAGAAGAAGAACUGCGUAAAAAAGACGAAGAACGCAAGCGUAAAGAACAGGAAAAGGAAGAAGCUGAGCUUAAAAAGAAGAAGGCAGCGGAAGCAUUUACUAAAUUCUUUGUAGCCAAAACUCCCGCCACUAAUCAACAAAAUGUUGAGGACGACGAAAACACAGGAGAUGGCACCAAAAGCUUGGCAUUUCGACCAUUUCAAAUCAAGGGUGAUAUGAAACUGGCUCCCAUUAGUCGAAAAAUUCUCUCUGAGGAUGCUAAAAGUCGUGUUGACCAUCUCUUGGGAUUGCAUGGAAGUGCAGAUGAGGACGAUGAGAAAGUUGUACGAGUCAAACCACUACCAAAAUCUAAGUUGUAUUUGUCCGAGUUACGUUCAGGACAAAUAUUGCCAGGUAAAUGGAGACGUCCUUCAACAGAUUCAAAGGAUGAUGUGGUCAUAGUUGAAGACGAACUGGAACGUGUUGGCGAAGCCAUUGUGGAAGACACUCCUGCGUACAUACGUGAAGAGAUGCGGGUGAAAUUCUAUAAAUUCCAUGACAACCGGCGUCCCCCUUAUUAUGGUACUUGGCGUAAAAAGUCCAAAGUUAUUACUGGAAGGAAACCAUUUGCCCAGGAUACCAAAUUUUGCGAUUAUGAGGUGGAUUCGGAUGAUGAAUGGGAAGAAGAGGAACCUGGCGAGUCCCUUGAAGAUGGCAGUGACGACGACAAAGAAAAAGAAUCAGAAGAUGAUGACUAUGAGGUAGACAAUGAAUGGUUUGUGCCACAUGGACAUUUAAGUGAAGAAGAAAUGCAAAACGAAGAUGAACUUGGCGAAGACUGCAAUGAUCGUGAAGCUCAGAAGGCGAAACUGAAAAUUAUACAACAAGAAUUUGCCCAAGAAAUGAAAAAGAAGACCGAAAAAAUUAAACCACGUCUUAUUGGCUGCAUAUGGAUUGAUAGCUCUGGCCGGCAACCAACAUCUUGUCCAAGUAUUAUUUGGGAUAAAUUAAAUACAAGAGCGAUGCUAUGUUCAGAUCCGCCCAUAUUGGAGGAACCUGAAAUUGAAGAUCCACCCUCACCAUCUGCAUCAAAUUCCGGAUGUGAAAAAUCAUCGACAGCCGUUGAGAAGAUCAAACCUGUCACAAUAACUGAAGCGAUGGUCAAAGAUUUGGUUAAGCUGUUGCAUGGAAACAACAAAUCCAAGGUGUUCCUUAUUAAAGAGUUUAUAGCCUAUAUAUCAAAAACUGAAGAGUCCGUAAUAAAUGGCGAAUUUGCAAACCCCCUGAAGAGUGCAAUUCGUGAAAAAAUUGAUUCCAUGGCAGAAUGGCAAGUUGUGGAGGCCCAACCGCAAACCGCCGAUGAUCUUAAUGAAAGCCUCAAGAAAAAAAAGAAGACCAAGAAACGUCUGUGUUGGGUUGUAAACAAGGAAACUCUUGAUAAAUUGGAUAUGUCGUCGUUAAGUUUAACAAAUGAUUGGGAAUACACGUUAACACCAAAAUUAAAAGCAGACAAAGGGGAAAAUACUAAAUUAGAAGAGGAUGGAAAUCCUAAGUCAUCAGGUGAAACUGUAGAAAUGAACGGAGAUAGUAAAAGUCACGUUGCAACAGUGAAUAAUAUUGUAGAUAUUAAGGAAUCCAAAACAAAGAGUGUAAAUUCUCCUAUUACAAAAUUUGCUCAAGUCCUUACAAAGGCAGAGGAAAAGGCCAAUAAAGAUGUCGCAUCAUCUUCCACCAAUUGCAAUACAUCCCCCAAAUCACCAAAAGAUUCCAGUAACAAAAGAACUACAGAGAGUAAAACCAAAACUUCGCCCGGUCCAGCCAACAAAGAAAAGAAACGGGUGUCUCUUGGCAGAAGUCAACAAGCCGCGACACCUGCUAAAAAUAAACUAAUCAGUCAAUUUUUACAGAAGGGUAGCAAUAAAAAAGCUGCCUCGUCCCCUUCAACUGCAACAAAAAGAAAUCCGAAUGCAUCAAUUGUGGUUGAUGACGACGACGAUGUUGUAAUACUGGACUAAUGACAAUAACCUACGACAACUGUAUUGGAAAUUGUUUGAAGUUUUGAUUAUUUAUUCUUAUGGAUUGUCCGCUAUUGAGUUUUGUCUUUUCUCCUACACAUAUUUGGCAUUGUAUUAGGUGCUCCGAUAUAUUGUAUUCAUAUAUGUUAGUGUUAUAAGUAACCUAUCUAACGUUUAUUACAUUUUAUUUAGUUAACAACUCUAGGUGUAUUUUUACAAAAUAAUUUUUAUCAUUUGAACACGCAACACACACACACUCCCCGCACAUAAUUACUUGUAGAGCAUAAAAGAAGAAAGAAACCAUAAACGUUUGUAAUUUUAAAAGUUUACAGUUUACAUUUUUACACAAUA